CGGGGCCGGCGGGGCCGGGCCCGGAGGCGGCGGUGAUGGAACUCAGGAUGAAGCGACGAACCUCCGAUAGAGGCGGUGGGGAAACAUCCAUCAAGGUCCUCUGCCCAGGGAUUUCCAGCAGUAACACAAAAAGAGCCGGGCCGUUCAUUCUUGGCCCACGUUUGGGCAACUCCCCAGUGCCUAGCAUUGUGCAGUGCUUGGCAAGAAAGGAUGGGACAGAUGACUUCUAUCAGCUGAAGAUCCUCACCUUGGAGGACAAGAAGGACCAUGGCACAGAAACCCAAGAGGAACGUCAGGGCAAAAUGCUGCUGCAUACCGAGUUCUCCCUCCUCUCCCUCCUGCACAAUCAGGAUGGGGUGGUCCAUCAUCAUGGCCUUUUCCAGGACCGAACCUGCGAGCUGGUGGAAGAUCUGGAGUCCAGUCGGAUGGUCCGAAAAAUGAAGAAACGUAUUUGUUUAGUGUUGGACUGCCUCUGUGCCCAUGACUUCAGUGACAAGACGGCUGAUCUCAUCAAUCUCCAGCACUACGUCAUCAAAGAGAAGCGGCUCAGUGAACGAGAGACCGUUGUCAUCUUCUAUGAUGUUGUACGGGUGGUGGAAGCCUUGCACAAGAAGAACAUUGUGCACAGAGACUUGAAACUGGGGAACAUGGUGCUAAACAAAAGGACCCACCGAAUUACGAUCACCAACUUCUGUCUUGGGAAGCAUUUGGUGAGUGAGGAUGACCUGCUGAAGGACCAGCGAGGCAGCCCUGCCUACAUUAGUCCUGAUGUCCUCAGUGGUCGGCCAUACCGUGGCAAGCCCAGUGACAUGUGGGCGCUGGGAGUAGUCCUCUUCACCAUGCUCUACGGACAGUUCCCCUUCUACGACAGCAUCCCUCAGGAGCUCUUCCGCAAGAUCAAGGCUGCCGAGUACACCAUCCCAGAGGACGGGCGGGUGUCCGAAAACACUGUCUGUUUGAUCCGGAAGCUGCUGGUCUUGGACCCUCAACAGCGCCUGGCGGCUUCGGAAGUGCUUGAAUCCCUCAGCUCCAUAAUUACAUCCUGGCAGUCCAUGUCCUCCCUCAGUGGGCCCUUGCAAGUGGUGCCCGAUGUCGACGAUCAGGUGGUCAACCCAGAACAUGCGCAUGAGGCAAAGGUGAGCGAGGAGUGUUCCCAGUACGAGUUUGAAAAUUACAUGAGGCAGCAGCUCUUGCUAGCGGAGGAGAAGAACACGCUCCAUGAGGCAAAGCACUUCCUGCAGAAGCGGCAGUUUGGCAGCAUCCCUCCAGUGAGACGCCUUGGCCAUGACGCCCAACCCAUGAAUGCCCUGGACGCUGCCGUCCUCGCACAGCGCUACCUUCGGAAGUAGCUCCUACAGGAGGCAGGAGUCGUGCUCCACCUGCCCAGCCUGGCACAAGAGUCGGGGCCGGGCCUGGGUGCCAAGCGAUGUAGCAGUCUUCCCUGCGUAACGAGGGGUCUUGCUUGUCAGGGUUCCCCAAGAGGACAAGUGAAAGACCCCUGGCUGGGACCAACACCUGUGGAUUUGAACUCCCGUCCUAGAGAGUAGCAGCCUGCUUUUACUUCUAAAAUCUACCUCUCUGCCUUUUUUAACCACACUGUUCUCCAGACUGAAAUGUAGAGCAGUUUUGGCAAAGGUUGUCCCAGCAGGCUCCUUUCCUCACACAAACUCUGGAAAGCAGGUGGACUGCAUUUUGCUCCAUACGGUUUGAAUAAGCUUCAUUGUUUUUUUUCCCAUUGUCCAUCAUCCUGGGUUUCAAAAAGAUGACUCCUUCUUAAACCUAUUUCUGUUCAAUACCCUGGGUUCUGUUUUCAGUUUAAGCCCCAGGUUGAAUUAAUUUGUGCAGGCAUUAAUUUUGCACACCACAGCCUUGCAAAAUGCUUGUUGAACUGAGAAAAUUUGCUCGCAGAUUCCAGCUGGGGGAAGUUUCAGCCCAGCGCUGUUUAAAAUGUAGCUUUUCUGGAGACCAAAGUCUCCACGCCACUGAAUUAUUUUGGAUCUCCUGGGUGUUCUGUUUUGGGUUUGAUUUUUUUUUAAUGAUAGCUUUUGAAAAAUGCAGUAAUGUUGCAUUAAUUCUGUUUUAUCUCUUGCCCCAUUAACUACGGAGGCAUGUUUGAAGAGAUAACUUUUUGAUAAUGUGAAAGGGGGAGUUGUCCCUUCCCUCUUCCUUCUAUUCCAUCCCCCCACUUACAGACCUCACCUCAAUCCCUGUCCCCCCCAUGUGCUCUUGGCACGCUCUCACCAUUGUCUCUGGUCACAGCACUUGCCUGUAUGCACAGGUUGGGGGGGGGGGUUGUCCCUUGCUCCAAGCUACGAUGGGGCUGUGUGAGGCUUGAGCCAUGGGGUAUUUUUGGACUGGAUGCCUUUCUUGCCAGAUAAGUCAUGCGCAGCAUCCUGGGGAGAUGAUUCUGUCGCAGAGUCUCCUGUUUCCUUUUCUCUUCCAUCAUCAAUUCAUUUUCCAGCAAUGUUGGCUGUCCUUUGGAAGACCUGGAUGCUGGUAGCCUGGAGCAAUCCCGUCAGACAGUGCUUGGCAUGACAUCUUCCCUGGAGGGGAGGGAUUGAGCAAAGAAACCCUUCGGAAGCCAUUUCCCCAAGGUGAGCAUUCUCAUGAUUGAAGUAGUACAAGCAGAUUUCUGACUGGUGCACAGGAGAAAAAAUACAGUUCCAACCAGGUCUAAAAAUCUGUUGAAAUCCAGGUGAGGCUUAGCCUUUCCUUUGGAACCGCUCCACAGGAGGUGGGUGCAGAUGGUCGGUCUCUGGAAAAUAGCAGAGGAGCCUGCUUCAAGAGCUAGGUAACUCCCCACCCCACCUUCUCUCUUUGCGGCUGUAGAAUCCAGGCCAGCAAGCAGGGUCCUUUCCCAGCAGCUUUGCCCAAGGAUGGCAGCAGAGGUUGGGGCAGCAGCAGCAGCUCUUUUUGGCUGAAGUGGAAAGUUGUGCACUUCGCCUUGGAGCUGCUUUUCCACAGCCUUCCAGGGAGCUGCCUUCUCAUCUCCUGGGGAGCCCUGUUGCAAGGGAGCCUUGAGGAUGAUUCCCAAGACUGAGAGAGGAGGCGCUUCUGGUGUAAAUGUGGGAGACAUACAGACAUAGUCCCUGCGCUCUGCAGGGAUGUGCGCUCAGGAAGGAGCCCUUGGGGGCCUCACCUGCAGCACAGUUUCCCGGCCUGCUUUAAGUUCCACCCCUGGUUUACAUCUUCCUAUAGAAAGGUUGCAAGCAGAAGCUACCUGGGGAAGGAGCAGCUUUCUGCCCUCCAGAAGGACUGAUCAGGCUCCUCCCAGGAGAGGAGCAGGAGGCUAUACCAGCGGAGUCAUCUCCCAAAUCCUUGGAAUGCUAACUUAUUCCUUCAUAGCUCUGUCCUCUUCCCACUUUUAAUUUCUUUACCCUUCCCCAAGAUAGUUAAUAAUAUGUCUGAAUGACCUGGUCCUUCUCCCACCCUUGACAAAAAUAGCAAUACUCCAUGGAGUUGAGUGUUGGGAGUUCCACCAUCUUUUGCAAUAAAAAGCUGACUGGAAAGGGAGCCUGGGGUGGGGUGUGGGCCUAGAAAGGGAUGUUGUGAGUGCUGGGUUGGCUUGGGGAGAUGUCAUGUUGGGUGAGAUACCACAGACAAAAUCCCUCUUGUAAAAAACUUGCAAAGAACGUUUGUAUAGAGACCUAUUUUUGUAUUACACUCACCUAAUCCAGCAUGCCAGCAAUAAAAUUUCAUAAUAUAGAA